CCCGGCCGGCAGGCAGGUAGACGGCAAGCGAGCCAGGUUAAUGCGGUUUAUUGUUCUAUGAACGCUGGCUGGCACCGCUCUCUGUUUAAGUUUCGCACGCUGAUAAAGAGGAGCAGCGACAACACACACCAAACGCACGGACUUCGCCCUGGCCAUCAAGAUGUGGCCUAAGCUCAGCCUACUUGCACUUCUCCUGCUCUCGCUGCAAUGCGAUUUGAUAGCGGCCAAUGACCUCAAGGAUCUGUUGGAGGACAGUACCACGACCAGUAGCACCACCAGCUCCACCCCACGAACCCCUUUGGCCGCCUCACCCACAACGCCUACGGCGUACGUGGUGUCCGCAGCGGCAGUGCCCGCCACUGCCACAGGCAAGAUUAGAUCCAAGUCCUCCUCCGGGAAAUAUGUGAACAAGAGCUCGCCCAGGAAGCGCAAGGCGGAGCAGGUAUCUUCGCUACCGUUGCCCGUAGACGAUGGACUCACGGAAUGGAAGUGUCCCAAUAUAACAGGCACCCGGAACGCGGAGCUCGAGUGCGGUUGUGAUCUGCCCCACACCCUCAGAUGCAACAUUGAUCUGCACGGACUGCUGCUCCUUGCGGACAGACUGCGUACCUCUCCAUACUCCAUCUCUCUGCUGGACUGUUCCCUGCGCAAUGUGACCUUCCUGAGCGAUGCCAAGAUCUUCGACGGAGUCUCGUUGCACGGUCUGGUCAUCUCCUCCGGCGAGAUCAAGCGGGUGCACAAGUCCGCCUUCUUGGGCAUCCGUGGGCCACUACAGGCCCUUGGUCUGCCUGGCAAUGCACUGAUGAGCGUGCCCUGGAACGCCCUGUCCACAUUGGGGGCCUUGGAGCGUCUGGAUUUGGCUAACAACAAGAUCAAGGCUCUGGGCACAGCCGACUUUGUGGGCUUGGGCCACCUGGUUUACUUGGAGCUGAGCAACAACCAGAUCUCGAGCAUCUCCCAGCGAACGUUCGGUAACCUCCGUAAGAUGGAGGUGCUGAAGCUGGGCGGAAAUAGGUUGGGUGACUAUCCGCAGAGUUUGCGAUCCUUGAGCCAGUGCCUCAGCCUGCGCCAGCUGGAUCUUCAGGCCAAUAACUUGAACGGGCCCCUCAGUGAGCAGACGCUGCCCGGGAUGAGGAACCUGGAAAGCUUGAAUCUCAAUCGGAAUCUGAUCAAGAGCAUCCAAAACAAGGCCCUGGCCAACUUCUCUCGAUUGGUUAGUCUUUCGCUUCGCCACAACCAGAUCGAUGUGCUGCAGGAUCACGCCUUCUUUGGCCUGGGCACCCUGGACAGCCUGGAUCUGAGCUACAAUGGCAUCGUGGCCAUCUCCAGUGCAUCGCUGCAGCACCUGAGUCGCCUCACGGUCCUGGAUCUCACGCAUAACUUUCUCAGAGCCCUCACCUCCGAUCUGAUAGCACCGCUACCCUCGCUGAGGGAGCUGCGAUUGGCGGGCAACGAUAUCUCCAUAGUGGCUCGGAAUGCUAUGGAUGGGGCUCGGGAGUUGGAGAGCCUCCAAAUGCAGGAGAAUCCGCUCUCGUGCGACUGCAGCAUCCGGCCCUUCGCUGAGUGGCUGCAGGUGUCCCAACUACAUUCCAGUCUCACUGCCUCCUGUGUAACGCCGCCCAGGCUGGAAGGUGCUCCACUGUUGCAGGUGCCCGUGGAGACGCUCAGCUGCGACAUGGACAAUGUGGAGAAAGAUAAUGCCAACAUUAUGCAGCAUCUGGAGUCGCUGGCUAAGCCCAACCAGACGUCACGCGUCAAGGACUUGUCUGAGGAGAUUAUUCUGCACGAGCUCCACUAUUCGGCGGACUAUGGCCUCAUCCUUACCUGGCUCCUGAAUCUUAGCAAGAAGGACUACAUGUGCGAUGCCAUCUUUGUAUAUAAAGAGGAGAACAUAAACGAGAUACUCAUAGACAACUCACCGAUCCACUGCGAGAGCAAAGUGGUCAAUGGCCAGAACACAGUCAGCGUCAUUGUGCCGGAUAGCUCAUCCCUGGAAAUAGGCGAGAGCUAUCGCUUUUGCCUGGUCAUGGUCCAGGAGCCGAAUUCAAAGAAUGACCUGAACAUCGGUUGCUCGAACAUCACCCAGCUGCAGAUGAGCAGUCCCGGCUCCAUUCCCGUGUCGCGGCAAUACCAAAGGCGUCCAUACUACACGUCCAAUGAGCUAAAGCCGGAGGCAGUGCACGAAGCUAGCGAGGAUUACCAGCUCAAUCAGCGGCGCUUCAAUCCAGUGGUGGUGGUGGGCAAUCAACAGCAGCAGACGCAUCCUCAUCAGCAAUCGACCCUGUUGCACAGCUACACGGUGAUUGAUUCGCUGAACAAGAGCUUCCUUCCCGGCCUGGGUCUGGGCGUACUGGUCACCUCGGUGCUGGUCCUCAUCUGGGGAGCGACCCGCAUCCGACACUCGGGUGGCAGCAAUGGCGGAGGAGGCGGUGGCGGCGGUAGGGGCAACGACAGCAUCGGCAGCAACAGCAGCAGCAUGCACAACAAUAACAACAACAGUCGUCCGGGCACUCCGACGGCGACCACCUGCUAUGCGGCCUCGGAUCACAUAGCCCGGCUGGCGGAUGUGGAGAGCGGAACGCGCUACCUCAAGCUGCAGGCCACGACCAGCCUGUGAGGGAGCACUGGC